UACCACUCAAUGGCUAUACAUUCCCAUGUCACCCUGAACUUCAGAAACCAAAAUGUCUGCGCCCUGUCGAUUUUGUCAACAGUUGAUAAAAUAAACAUCAGAUCAGAUGGAUGAAGAAACUUUAGCGAGGUCAAUUGAUCUUUAUAAAAGUCAGCUAAGUCAAGUUGAGGCAGCAUUGACUAAUGGAUUGGAUGGAGACAAGAGUGAUCUUUUACAACUACAGUCUGACCUUCAAGAAGUCAUCAAGUUGACAGAAGAAAGUUUAUUGUCAUUGAAGAAAAGUAAAUUGUUAAAUUUCCUUGACGAAGUUUCUGGUGAGCAGUCUAGCAAAAACGAAGACAAUUUAGAUGCAGAGUUAGAAGCAUUCCGGGAGUGCUUAUCAGCAGAUGUAACAAAUGUUGAUGAUACACCAAAGGAAAAUGAUACAGAAGAAAAUGAAGAAGAGGUUGAGGAUGAGUUAUGUGGGACACAGUGUCGUCUGCUAUAUUCACAAGAGUGGGGUGCUUCCCAAUACCACAAUGCAAUAGUUCUGAAUACUGAGAACACAGAUGAUAAUCAGGAGGUUAAAGUAAGGGUGUUAUUCUGUAACCCUACCCACAUAUCCAUGGUACCAUGUCCGUAUUUCCUGGAAGGCAAAUGCAAAUUCUCCGAAACAGAUUGCAGAUACUCCCACGGACACAUUGCCAAUGUUACUGAAUUAGAAAGUUUCAAGGAGCCUGAUUUCAGUAACUUGAAGGCAGGCUGCAAGUGUUUAGCAAGGUAUGAUGAUAGUGUAUGGCAUCGAGCAACAGUUGAAGCAAUAGAUCUUGAAAAGCACCAAAUUACAGUACAGUAUGAGAACUAUGAUGAAACUGCUACACUAAACCUUGAAAGUAUUCUUCCAAUCGAAGAUAUUGACAGUUCUUUAUCUGAUAGUGAGGAUGAUGCUGCAGUCUCCCUACCUGCAUCCUCAUCUUCAACACCAGAACAUCUGGGUAGUGAGUCACCUGUGUUACUAUGGCAACCAGGAAGCAGUUCUGCCAUCGGGGAAUGGGAACGUUAUACCUCUGGAAUUGGGUCAAAGCUUAUGUUGAAAAUGGGCUAUGAAUAUGGGAAGGGCCUUGGUAAGAAUGGUGAAGGACGUGUAGAACCGGUAGAAGCCGUCAUUGUUCCACAAGGAAAAUCUCUAGAUCAUUGCAUGGAGUUAAAAGAGAAGAAAAAGCUUAAAAUUGUUGGAAAGAAAAAACAGAAAGGAUUCUUUAUGGCAGGGAAUCAAGCAAGGAAAAAGAAGGAAAAUGUCUUUGACUUUAUUAAUUCAAGGCUUGGCACACGCAAAUCAAAAGUAAAUGAAUUUCUUAAAAAGACGGGUCUACCAAAGAAAGGCGAUGGGGCUGGUGGCUCCAGUGAGGGACAAUCAAGUUUAAUCGCAGGACGAGGACUCAAUAUAAAGCUUGUUCAAACACAGGAAGAAAUUAGAAAAGUAGAGAAGCAUUUGGCUCACAAGAAGCAUUCACUUCAACGAAAUUCAAGAGACAAGGCUACAGCUGUUCACAUGCAGGAAAAGAUCAAUGAAAUGGAAAAUUAUCUUCUUAGGUUGAAGUCAUCAGAAAGUGUACUGCAGAAAAAUCAAAAUUCAAGAAACCAGCAUAAAAAACUCACAAUAUUUUAAAGUUUUAAGUCAAAUAAUAUCCUUUAUACUUUUAUUCAAGAUGAAUUUCCAUAAUGGAAUAGUAUGAAAUGCCUUUGGCCAAGAUGACAUUUUUGAACUCCAAAUAUCUAACAUUGAGUUUGUAUUUCAACAUGUGCUGCUUUCAGACAUAUUCCUACACUAUUGGAAUAAACUUGCUGGCAUGGUUACUGGCGUAGAAACUUUCACUCAGACCUUGCAUUGAGGUGACAUAGUGCCUUUCUGUCUGAAAGCUUUGAGAAAAUCAUGUUGAAGUCAGACCUAUCAUGGAAAGCAAAACUAUAACAAACUUAAAACAGUCUAUACUAUAACACACCUAAAUAGAUCCUUGUCAUUUGAUUGGUGGAGUUAAUAUCAUGUGACAUUGCAUAUUUACAUUUAAUGCCAACUUAUCAUUUGCAUUAUUCUUCGUGUCAUUUAGUUGUUACUUGUUUGCUUUUAUAGCAUUUUUCCUUGCAUUUCCAAAACACUGUUAACCACACUCCCAGAGCAAAGUUUGGAUUAAUUUUGUUCUAUUGCAUGCCUCAACCUAAUACAAUGUUUUCACUUGUUGGAAGAAGAUGUACUGUUUCAUUCCGAAUAAUGUUUUACUUAACAAUAUUUUUUUAAGAACCAAGAAUCUAUUUAGGUGUACAGGUAUUAUAGGAGAUAUAAUGAUUGUUUUAGUUUGCAUAAUGAAAAAAAAAUAUUUUCAUGAGUCAUGUACUGUUCAUCUUUCAACAAUGAAUAUAACAUAUUGUUUUAUUAUUAUUAUUACUCUAUAUAAAUUGACUCUUCUUAAAUGUUUUUUAUACCUGUAUUUUAAUAUUGUAUUUAUUUAAAUUUCUAUAAACGUCAAUGAUCUAGUUUCAUUGGUGGUGCCAGAAUUUGCCCGAAAGGCAAAGGCAAGGUGGUGGGCGGUGCCCCGACGAGGGGUCAGAUUUCCCCAAUGAAAGCAAAGUGGCCAUGGUCAAGCUUCGAUUAAAAGGUUCCAAAAGUUGUACUGGGGGUGAGCCCCGAAAAUUUUGACAAUUUAGGGGUUUCAAAGGCUUAUUUAAUCGAUUUUGGAGUCUACUAAUAUGUAAAAAAUAAAUAUAAUUAUUUUUUUCUUCCCGACGAAUUGUGCUUUUUCUCCCCGACGGUGGGGGCCAGCUCUCCCCAACGGGGGCCCUAGCCCCCUCCCGGCAUCCCCGCUGGCACCACCCCUGUUUAGUUUUCAACUGAAUCAAGCUUUACACAUUGUUUUUACCCUUAAAAGUACCUUGUAAGUCUUAUAUGUUGCAUCAUGGAGCUACAUUAAAACACAUUUUCUUGUACUGUA